CGACAGCUCGGCCUUAGAGAUCUGUCGCAAUCUUCAUUCUCUUCAUUCCUGCAACGGUUUGGCGCCUCUGUACCCGCUACAUCUCUUUCUUGAUAAUCCGGCUCGACAUAUCCUACCCGAACGCCCCCGUUUCGUCAACUUCAACAUGAACUUCCCAGGAACAAGCGGCUCUUCCGUCGCAGGCAUGACCGGCUUCGGAGGUCUAGGGAGCGGUACCAACCCCGGAAUGAACGAGCAGGAGCAAGCAAUGGUCAAAAUGAUGCAAAAAGCCAUGGAAUCAUGUCCCUUCAAGACCGUUCUGUCCGGCACAAUGGGUUUCGGUCUCGGUGGUAUUUUCGGUCUGUUUAUGGCCAGUAUGUCCUACGACUCCUCCUUCACCCCACAAGGCAAAGCCAUCGCCGAUCUCCCCUGGCGCCAACAAGUCCGUACGGGAUUCAAAGACAUGGGCGCGCGGUCGUGGUCGAGCGCCAAGAACUUCGGUAUAGUGGGUGCGCUGUACUCCGGGACCGAAUGCUGCGUCGAGGGCCUCCGCGCGAAGAACGAUCUUACAAAUAGUGUGGUUUCGGGGUGCAUUACUGGUGGUAUCCUCGGUGCGAAGGCGGGGCCCCAGGCGGCUGCGUUCGGUUGUGCGGGUUUUGCGGCAUUUAGUGCGGCUAUUGAUGCGUAUAUGAGAAUGCCGGAGAGUGAGUGAGUGGAAGUGUGAUUGUCUCUGGACAGAACUGGGAUGGCGUUAUUUUGGGAUAGAUGGGUUGCAUAUCGGCGUUGGUUCGUUCUCUCUUACUUGGCAGAUUGUGCCUGUUCUGCUUAUUGAUCUGGUUUGUGGGUUACGACUCGCUGCUCCUGUAUAUUAAUGCAUGUGUAACCAUAGAUAGACGUGAUGGGAUAUAUGAUUCAGAGUCGAUGUAUAUCAAGUCAAACAGAGCAUCUCGCAGCACGC